CGUUGGCAGAACGCGGCUUCGAACGGAUGUAAGCAACAGACCGUCCCCCUCUCCCCGCCCCGAACCCGUGGAUCGUUCCCGUCUGCAGUGUCAGCUCUCGCAGUCGCAUCUUAUCAUCCAGCCUAGUGCCUUAGCCUAGUGCCUUAGGAGGUUCCAACUCGCCGGAUCUUCCCCACAAGGGUUGGCGUGAAUUGUGCGUGCCCGUGCGAAUACGAGGCAAACGGAGAGCAGAAAAAAGAAUCCAACGUACUGGAACGGACAUUCUCUCUCUCUGGUUCAACGUAAUAGGCUAACCCAGCGCCAUCAUGACGGCCAAAGAGUAUCCUCAAGGCAACGGCACGUUUCAGACGAUGAAUCUCAAGAAUGGCAACGGUGCGGACAACAUGUCCGUUGCCAGCCACAAAAGCACUAAGGAUAUAUUGGAUGUCAAAUUCAGCAAAGCACCAACCAAAGAGCCUGUCUCACAAUCCGUAUCGUACUUCAAACUGUUCCGGUUUGCCACGUGGGGCGAAGUCUGUGCGACACUGAUGGGCGUCCUGCUGGCAUCGAUGGCAUCGCUCGGCCUCCCGUACGGUGUGAUUCUGUACGGUGAGUUUACCACGCUGCUCGUCGAUCGUACCAUCGGCAUCGGCAAAUCGACCGACACGGCCAUCCUGUCGAUAUUCGGUGGCGGCAGAGUGCUCGUGAACGCAACCGAGCAGGAGAAUGCCGCCGCCAUCAUGGAGGACGCGAAAGCGUUCGGGCUUGGCGUGGUGGCCGUCACGAUACUGCAGUUCAUCUUCGCCACGCUCAGCGUGGACGUGAUCAACCGGUCGGCCCAGAAGCAGAUCAGCCGGAUACGGCAGCUGUUUCUGAAGGCGGUGCUGCGCCAAGACAUGACCUGGUACGAUCUCAACAGCGAUGAUAGCUUUGCCGUGCGGAUUACCGAUGAUCUGGACAAGCUGAAGGAGGGUAUCGGCGAGAAGCUAUCCAUCUUUACGUACCUGGUGAUGUCAUUCGUAAUAUCUGUGAUAUUUUCGUUCUUCUACGGUUGGAAGCUGACGCUUGUGAUACUCAGCUGCGCUCCGAUCAUCAUUCUGGCGACCGCAUUCGUUGCCAAGAUGCAAAGUACGCUCACGGAAAAGGAACUCAAAUCUUACUCGUCGGCCGGUGCCGUGGCGGAGGAAGUGCUCGGUAGCAUCCGCACGGUGGUGGCGUUCGGGGGCGAAAAAAAGGAAGCCGACCGGUACCGGGAGCGUCUGGCCGGUGCCGAACUGAACGGACGCCGCAAGGGCCUGUUCUCGGGCAUUGGCGGUGGCAUCAUGUGGUUCAUCAUCUACUGCUGUUAUGCGUUGGCUUUUUGGUACGGGAUCAGUCUGAUUCUGGAGGAUCGGGACAAGGAUUUGAAGGAUUACACGCCCGCCGUACUGAUCAUCGUGCUGUUCGGUGUGCUGGCCGGUGCACAAAACUUGGGCCUCUCGUCUCCGCAUUUGGAAGCGUUCUCGACGGCCAAGGGUUCGGCGGCGACCAUCUUUUCCGUGAUCGAUCGCAUACCGGCGAUCGAUUCGCUGGGUGAUGCGGGACUGCGACCUGGUUCGAUGCAGGGCAACAUCAAGUUUAGCAACGUGUUCUUCCGCUAUCCGGCGCGAAAUGAUGUGCAGGUGCUGCAGGGGUUAAAUUUGGAAAUUAAAACCGGACAAACUGUGGCGCUCGUUGGUCCGUCCGGGUGUGGUAAAUCGACGUGUCUGCAGCUGAUCCAGCGUCUGUACGAUCCCUUGAGUGGUUCCGUUACGAUCGAUGGUACUAAGGUGAGCGAGCUAAACAUUGGCUGGUUGCGCUCGUUCAUCGGGCUCGUCGGUCAGGAGCCGGUCCUGUUCGCCACAACCAUCGCAGAGAACAUCCGUUACGGCAAUCCGGACGCUAGCCAGAGCGAAAUCGAGCGUGCGGCUAAAAUUGCCAACUGUCACAGCUUCAUCACGAAACUACCGAACGGGUACGGUACGAUGAUCGGUGAACGGGGCGCUCAACUGUCCGGUGGUCAGAAGCAACGCAUCGCCAUUGCCCGUGCAUUGGUGCGCAAUCCAAAGAUUCUGCUGCUAGAUGAAGCAACGUCGGCCCUCGAUCCCAACUCGGAAAAGCGCGUACAGGAUGCACUGGAGCGAGCAAAAGGACGCACGACGCUCGUCGUUUCGCACCGUCUGUCCACCAUUACCAAUGCGGACAAGAUCGUGUACAUUGACAAGGGUUUGGUGAUGGAGCAGGGUACGCACGAGGAGCUGAUGGCUGCCCGGGGCCUCUACUACGACCUGGUUGUCGCGAGCGGUUCACAGAAAACGGUGGAUGAUGACGAGAGUGUCCCGAUGGCACCGAGCGCACUCUCGAUGCGCCAGGAAUCGGUGGACGAUGGAGCGGAAGCUUCGGACGACGAGUCGGACAGUGGCAAAUCGGACGAGAAGAACGAGGAAGAGCAGGAAGAGGUGUACCAUGUGUCGCUGAUGCGGCUGCUGAAGCUUAACGCGCCCGAGUGGCAUUACAUUCUGUUCGGUUGUGCCGCUGCCAUCGUCGUUGGAGCAUCGUUCCCAGCGUUUGCUGUGCUUUUCGGAGAAAUGUACGGUAUACUGUCCGUGGCUGACCCAGAGUACGUGAAGGAGGAGUCGAACUUCUACUCCUUCCUGUUCCUAGUUCUCGGGCUGAUCACCGGCGUGGGCACGUUCUUCCAGACGUACCUGUUCAACAUUGCCGGUGUUAGGCUCACGUCCCGUCUACGACAAAAGUCUUUCAAAGCGAUCGUCAGCCAGGAUAUGGCGUGGUUCGAUGAGAGCCGUAACGCGGUCGGUGCACUCUGCGCACGUUUGUCGGGCGAUUGUGCCAGCGUACAGGGAGCGACCGGUACUCGCAUCGGAUCGCUGCUGCAGGCCGCCUCAACCAUCUGUAUUGGGGUGGGCAUUUCGUUCUUCUACUCCUGGAAUUUGACGCUCGUCUCGAUCGUUGCCAUCCCCGUGACGCUCGCAUCAAUCACGUUGGAAUCGCGCUACUCGCAGACGAGCAGCUUGAAGGAAAAGCAGUCGCAGGAAGGCGCUACUAAGCUGGCGGUGGAAGCCAUCUCAAACAUCCGGACGGUCGCUAGCUUGGGUCAGGAGAAGCACGUGCUGCAGCGCUAUGGUGAGGAAACGGUUAAGAUUGAUGAUGCCUGUCGGAGGAAGACGCGCCUGCGCGGGACUGUGUUUGCGCUGGGACAGGUGAUGCCUUUCGCCGGGUACGGGUUGGCACUGUUCUACGGUGGUAAGCUGGUGUCGGAAAAGGAGCUGGAAUACAAGGACGUUAUUAAAGUGUCGGAAGCCCUAAUUUUCGGUGCCUGGAUGUUGGGACAAGCGUUGGCAUACGCUCCGAACGUGAACUCGGCCAUCCUUUCGGCAGGACGCUUGAUGAAACUGCUCGACCGUACACCGAGAAUGCACAAUCCUUCCACUUCAUACCAUUCACUCUCACAGCGCACGGAAGGUGAUAUCAAGUUCACAGACGUCGAGUUCCGCUAUCCAACACGUCCGACCGUCCCCGUGCUACAGGGACUAAACCUGGACAUUGGUAAAGGGCAAACGGUUGCCUUGGUUGGACCAUCCGGCUGUGGCAAGUCGACAUGCAUUCAGCUGCUGCUCCGUUAUUACGAUCCCGACAGUGGCAAAGUGGACAUUGACGGUACCACCACGACGGAGUUCUCGCUCAACCGCAUCCGCGCCCAGAUGGGGCUGGUAUCGCAGGAACCGAUCCUGUUCGAUCGUACCAUUGCGGAAAACAUCGCCUACGGGGACAAUACGCGCGAGAUCGCCAUGCCGGAAAUUAUGGAAGCGGCCAAGAUGGCCAACAUCCACGAGUUUAUCGUGAACCUGCCCAAGGGCUACGACACCAGCCUGGGCAGCAAGGGUGCCCAACUGUCCGGUGGCCAGAAGCAGCGCAUCGCCAUCGCCCGCGCACUGGUGCGCAAUCCGCGCGUCCUGCUGCUGGACGAAGCGACCUCGGCACUGGACAAUCAGAGCGAAAAGAUCGUGCAGAAUGCGCUGGAUCAUGCGCGGACGGGACGAACGUGCAUCAUCAUCGCCCACCGACUGACGACGAUCCAGAACGCGAACCUGAUCUGCGUCAUCCAGAACGGUGUGGUGGUUGAGGCUGGCACGCACGACGAGCUGAUGGCGAAGAGCCGAAUCUACGCGAAGCUGUACCAGAUGCAGCAGGUAGCGUAAAUGUGUUGGCCCAGCUCGUCGUGAGCUGAUGUUGUUCCUACUACGUAACUGUUGCACCGUACUUUUGAUGACUGGCAGAUACGCAUCCUUCAGAUGAACUAGGUUCAUUUGCUUGCAGUUCGGUUGCAUGUUGCUGCAUCGUUUUGUUUUAGGGCGUUGCAGUUGGAAUUCUUGGAUUGAACAAAAGCAUGCCAGCAGCAAAGGCCACAACGUGAAACGUACAAGACAAAAUCAAAGACUUUAUCAAACUAAGAGACACCGUGCCGUAGAGACCAUAGUUCGGAGUCGGAGAGAGCAAGAGAUGUAUGUUUCAGUACAGCUUUGCGGGGACCGAUUCCGGCUAUUGCCCACCGUUCUUUUUGCAUCGCCAUGGCAUCAUCGCCCUUUUUGCCGACCUUUAAGUGUGUGUGUGCGUGCUUGUGGAGAUGGGUUUCUCACGCGGGAACACCAACAUACGUGAUAAUCGAAGCGCCUCCGUAGAUUGUAACCUCUUAGUGAUAACGAUAUACCUUUAGGCUAGAAGCAAGCGAGCAAAAACAAUGCCAAACCACCACCCCGAGAAGACGGGAAAUUGAUGCGCACCAAAGACGCACACGACGCAGGGGCGCAAUCGGGAGCGCGUGGCACGGUGCGAAUGUUGCACGCGGCUGGUGAAUGAAUCGGUUUUCGCCAGGGGCCACCGCCCCACCUCGCACCCCACCAGUAGCGAUUGCCGGUUGUGGUGCAAUAUUGCCUCCAAAAAUUUGUAGAAAUAGAUAAGCAAGGUCAAACGCGCGCAGUAUAAGCAGUAGCUUCGUUUUUUUCCCUAGCCUAACCACUAGUUAGCGACCGUGUAGGUAAACAAAUCUCAGCUUCAUCAAAACACGGAAACACGCACAGGAACGAAUCAAUCAUGGUGUGGUGGUGGGUGAUUGUUAGCAAACUGAAGUGCAUAGUGAUUGCAAAUUAUUUAUAUCUCGCGUGUGUGUGUGUGUGUGUGUGUGUGGGUGAAUGAAAAUAAGAGUGAUUGUGUGUGUGUUUGAAAGUAUGACAAGUUAAAAGAAUGAACGGGGUAGUUCCGACGAUUGAUUAUAUUGACAGUUUGAUGAUGCACUGCACAAAGCAGCAAAGUGGUGAUAAGCGUUUGGCUCAAAUCCACCCGCUCAACUGGCUCAUCUCUUUGCGGUGAAUUCCUUACUACACUUUACACCUUUAUUCUGAUGCACUAUUUAAUAUUACUUAAAUAAAUUAUACAAAAUAUA